AUUACUUUGUUCUGAUGUGAUUAAAUUAAUUUCAUCAACAUCAUUUAAAAUGGAAACAAAAAACUGGGAAAAAAAUUCGAUAUCCAGUAUUUUUGGAAGCAAACAAGUUUUUUUUCUGUAUUCAGUUUGGUUUGGUUCAUUUGAUUUUUUGAAAAAAUUCAUUGUAGAGAAAAAACAAAUAUGGGUGAAGAAAUCUGUAAUGAACAUUCUAGACGUAUUGCCGAUCUAAAAUUACGUGACAUAUUGUUUAAAGAACAACAGAAACGGCUGAAAACAUUCAUUACCACCACUCAAUCUUUGAAUUCGAAUGUAGAUGCUGAAAUUCGUGAUGAACAUGAGCUGAAAAAUCGUCUUUAUUUUCAGAUACGAUCACGAGAAGAAUAUACUAUCAUUGGUCAUACGAAUACGGUUUAUAGCCGUUUGAAUAAUGCUCAACAUAAUCAACAAUCAAAACAACAACAGCAACAGCAGCAACAUCGAUCAAAAUCGGCGUGGAUAAAAAUCUAUUGUCGUAUUGUUUAUCCCGAACGAAUGUCCGAAUCAUUUCGACAACAUUGGCUACAAGAAAGUCUGUUGAUAAUGCGUUUUAUUCGCCAACAACAACAUGCACAAAUGAAUGAUCAACGUUUACAUCGUUUAUUGAGCAUUGUACACAAUGUUGUUGAUGAUCAAUAUUAUUUAUUUAUGGAACGAUUUUCAUUAUCCACAAGUUUAACGCAUAUUAUCUGGAAUAAUAAUAAUAUUGAUGAUUGUCAUGAAUCAACAACGAUAACGACAACAAAUUCCAUAUCAUUAACGGUUUCUGUAAUCAAACAAUGGUUAUUACAAUUAUGUCAAACAAUUGAAUCAUUAAAUAUAUGCGGUAUUGCACAUCGUUUCAUACGACCUGAAAACAUACUUGUAAAUGGUAGUGGUAAUCAUCAACGAAUAUUGGUCACUGGAUUCGAUAUGGCUUGUUUUUUUCAUUCAUAUGAAACAGAUCAACCGAUUAUGCAAUCAAAACGAUUAUUGCCACAUGAUAUGAUUGAAGAUUAUUUUCUGGAUCAUUUACCACCAGAAUGUUGGUUUGAUGAUUAUGACGCAAGCAUGGUGGAUGUAUGGAGUAUUGGUACAAUAAUCUGUUUACUUAUAACACGUAAUAAUCCAUUUAGUCCAAAUUUUAAUAAUGAUAAUAGUAGUGGUGGCUAUAAUGAUGAUUAUAAUCAUCUAAAUAUAUGGCGUUCAUCAUGGGAACGUCGUACAAUGUCCGAAGAAUGGCGUACAUUAUUGGAUGAUAUUUUUCAACCAUCCGAUUAUCGUAUGACAUUAUUUGAUCUUAAAUCCGAUAUACGUCUAUUACCAAAUGCUGAUCUGACAAUGUUGAAACAAAAAAAACCAUAUUAUAGAAUCGAUUUGAAACGGAAUAUGAAUGUAAAUGAAAAUGAAAUUAAAAAACCGGGUACAGUGUUGACAAAAAUACAGCUUUCAUAUCCAGAAUUUGCAUCGGCUACACGAUUGAUAUUUGCACAAAGAUCACAUCAACAAAUUGAAAAUGAACAACAAUUAUUUGAACAGAAACAUUUUCGUAUCGAACGUGAUCAAUCAUUUAAGGAUGAAUAUAACGCUUUAUUUAUCAAUGAUUAUUAUCUACAAUCACGUUAUCAUCAUGAAGAUAAUAAUAAUAAUGAUGAUAAUGGCCACAAUGAUUCAGUGGAUAAUUUAUUAUUCGAUACAUGGAACAUUGGUUUAGUGAAAAUUUUACCAAUGAAUCAUAUACCGAAUAGACAUAAAAAUAUUCUACUCAAUGAAAGUGGUAAAAUAAUGAAAUAUCUAAGUGAACAAAUUAUGAAACGACGAAAAAAAUUGCAAUCAUCAGAUAAUUGCAAUAAUCAAACACAAUCAACAGCUGAAAAUGGAGAAGAAAAACAACAAGAACAAUCAUCAUCAAUAUCGAUCAUAUCGAAACAUAUACAUCGAUUAAUCGAAAUAUUUCGUACAACAACUGAUCAAACAAAUUAUUUAUUAUUAUUUUAUGAAUCAUUAUCACCCACAGACGUUGGUGGUGGUGGUGGUGGUAGUCGUUCAUUAGCAUAUAUAUUUUCAUCCACAGACGGUGAUCGAUCAUUAUGGCCAACAAUGGUGCAGAUUAAACAAUUAUUAAUACAAUUAUUAGAAGUUAUUGAUUAUCUAUCACGUCAUGCCAUUUCACAUCGUUAUAUUCGUCCGGAAUUCAUUUAUGUUGAUAAUAGUAAUCAGAAUAUAAAAUUGGGACAUUUUGAAAUGUCAUGUUUCAUUUGGAAUCCAUUGGAUAGACGGCCAACAUUACGACAUCGUGGUCUACAGGAUGAACGUGAAUAUCUAUGGAAUCAUUUGCCACCAGAAUGUUUUAAUAUAAAAUAUGAUAGCUAUAUGGUGGAUAUUUGGAGUUUUGGCACCAUUUUACUUUAUUGUCUUGUACAAAAAAAUCCAUUCUUUGUUCCACAUAAUGAUCAACAGGCUGAAAUAGCGUGGUCAACAUUCAAACAACAACCAAACACAUCAACAUCAAUAAAUUCGGCUAUUUUAACAAUAUUGAAUAUGAUAUUUCAACCAAGUGAAACACGUAUAAAAAUUGUUGAUUUAAAACGUCGUUUUAUGAAUCUAAUUAUAACCACAGAUGAUGAUAGAAAGAAAAAACAAUCACCAUCAAUAACAUCAUUAUCGACAACACCGGUAACAUCGAUAAAUUCGAAUAUUUCAAAAGUGAGUCGUAUUAGUCGUUGGAAACAAAGUCAUCAUCAUAUGAUUAAUGCUGCUGGUAAAUCAACAUCAACAUCAGCAAUAACAUGUAUAACAAGCGUAGAAGUAAUGGAUAGUAAUGUAAUUGUACCUAGUUCAAGUGUACAUAUACCAUCAUCAUCGAUAAUAUCAUCGACGGCUGCUGCUGCUGCUGGAGCAGGAGGAGGAGGUGGAGGUGGUGGACAAUCGAAUAAAUCGAAAAUAAUUAUUGAAAAAAUUAUUAUUCCAACACUAACUCAUCAUCAUCAACAACAACAACAACAAACACCGGCACUGAAAAGUACGAUAACUACACAAAACAAACAUCAUCAGCAACAAAAAUCGCAACAAUCAAACAAGAUUCAAAUUUUAUUAAAUUCCAAAAAACAACAACGUCAACCUAUUUAUCGUAUAAAAAAAUCGAAAGAAAAAAUGAAUCGAUGAUUGCCGAUUAUUGUCGACAGAUGGCGUGUGCGUGAUCUUAUUUGGAUUAUGAUGAUGAUGUUUUUUUUUUUUUGGUUUGAAAAUAAACAAGAGUUAUAUUUGAAA